AUGUCGACCUCCUCCGGUGAAACCAUUGCCGUGACUGAUUCUCAAAAUUUGCUCACCAUCAACAUGACGAAUGUUACUAAACUUACUGGCACCAAUUUCUUGAUGUGGAGCCGUCAAGUCCGUGCUCUCCUCGACGGCUACGAUCUCACUGGUUAUAUCGACAACACCGUUGAGGUUCCACCGCUCACUCGGGUCGUCGCUGGCGUCACGUCUGACAAUCCUGACUACAAGAUCUGGAAACGUCAAGACCGUCUCAUUUACAGUGAUCUCCUUGGUGCCAUCGCUGUGUCUGUCCAGCCGCUGCUCUCCACCACCACGACAUCAGCUGAGAUUUGGAGCACUCUCUCCUCGAUCUACGCAGCUCCGAGUCGUGCUCAUGUCCAACAGUUGAAACAACAGAUACAAGUUUGGGUCAAAGGCAAGAAGUCAACCGAGGAGUACUUUCAAGGUCUCACUACCCGGUUUGAUAAGUUGGCUCAUCUUGGGAAGUCGAUGGAGCUCGAUGAUCAGAUCGAGAAGAUCCUUAAGGGGCUUCCAGAUGAAUAUCGCCGUUCUCCAUCACUUCCCGCAACAGCGAAUGCUGUUCAUGUUCAUGGUCACCGUGAACAGUCAAGCUCUCACAAUCGCCAACACCAGUCUUGGCAACAACAACAACAACACUCGUUCCAACCGCGUCAUCACAACUCUGCUCCGCGCGGUUAUCAAGGACGCUGUCAGAUUUGUGGUGUUCAUGGCCAUAGCGCUCGUCGUUGUUCGCAACUUCAACUCUCCGGUAGCCACUAUAACACGGGCUCAACCAACACACCGUCUCCUGUUUCAUGGCAGCCCCGUGCUAACCUGGCUGAAGCCAAUCCAUGGAUUCGUGAUUCGGGAGCAACGCACCAUCUCACAACGGAUUUAAGCAAUCUCUCUCUUCAUCACCCAUACAAUGGUGGUGAAGAGGUCACUAUUGCCGAUGGUGAGGGAUCUCAAAACGAGAGUCCGGUUGCUCCAAGGGAGAACAAAGAAUGA